UUAUUGAUGGAUCGAGUGUUGGCAGCUGAAGAGGAUCUGCGAGAGGCAGCAUGUAAUGGGGAUGAAGAGGGAGUACACGCACUACUUCAGAGUGGUGUGCUAGUAAACUGCAGGCACAGGAUCAAUGGCUGGACUCCUUUACACUGGGCUGCCAGACGAGGGUAUUCAAACAUUGUUUCAUUGCUGUUGGAGUAUGGUGCUGAAAAAGAAGUACCGAACAGCAAAGGUGAAUUUGCAGCCGACGUUGCAGCAACCAAAGAAAUUGCCACAAUUCUUGGAGAUGGCGUUGCAUCACCAUCCAACCCGGAUUUACCAUUCAUUCCUAACUAUCUUGCUCACCCUGUUUUUAUUCAUGCACGACCACCAACUUCUCUCUUCAAUCAAGAUCAGAACAUGCCAAAAGUGAGACGAUUGGAUUCGUCACUAAACAGUACAACCUACGGAUCAGAAAGGGUUGAGGCGUCACAGACAUCUCUUGUGUCAUUAGUAAAACCUGAAGAAAAAAAGUCUUCUCUGUCUGUGUCUUUGGACCAGGCAGUAUUGGCAGUUAAUGGGGCAGUGCAGUCUUUACAGAAUCUAGCGCAGCAUCUCUCACUGGUUGCUAGUCACCUUCAGAAUCAAGAGUUACAGUUGCAGUCGAGUGCAGAACAAAACAAACUGCCCAUGUCAGUAGCAGGAGCCAGCAGAGGUUCUGUUUUGCUAAAAAUUCGAAAACAUUUUCACGGUCAAUCGGAUUUAGACUUUGUUGACAUCAUAGUGGAUCUGGCAAACAUGUCCUACCAGCAACUUGUGAGCAGAUGUUGUACUGAAUUGGGCGUGGCAGUAUCAAACUUUUCGAAACUAAGAAAACUGCCCAACACUGUAGUGAGAAAGGAUGAAGACGUCAGACGACUGCAAGACCAAGAUGAACUAGAACUGGUCACAUUAAAGUUUGUUGAGUGACUGUUGGACGCUGUGGGAUGUGAUACUGUAGAACUCUUAGCAUUUUAGUGGUGUACCCAAAUGACUCACAGCAUAUGCGGGUGGUACAGUAAUAGAACGGUCAUGUUCAACUCUGAUCUGGUGUCAAGGAAUUU